AUGGCAGCUACGCCAGGAGGCUUAGUCUUCGUUUUCUGCGCGGCCGUAAUGGUAGUCGCCGUUGCAAACGCGGCCGCUGGCGAGGCAGAGGCGGCGGUCGUCGUCGGCAUGGCCAAGUGCGCCGACUGCUCGAGGAAGAAUAUGAAAGCUGAGGCGGUUUUUAAGGGUCUCCAGGUGGUGAUCAAGUGCAACAACAGCCACGGCGAGUACGAGAGCAAGGCCGUCGGCGGGCUGGACAACUCCGGCUCCUUCAGCAUCCCACUCGCCGCCGAUGUUGUCAGCAGCGCUGACUGCUUCGCGCAGCUCCAAAGCGCGGAGGGCAUGCCGUGCUCGGGGCAGGAGCCAUCCUGGAUUCAUCCAUUCUCGAAUGGCACCUUCGUCGCCCUCGCGGGGAAGACGCACUACGUGUCAUCGCAGUGCUCGGCAGCCAUCUGCGCCUGGAUCAAGGAGCACAUCUACGAUCAUAUCCACAACCACAAGAAGCACCUCUACCACUUCUUCCACGGAUCGCCAUCACCGGCUCCGGCGAACUAAAUACGUCCCCUAAAUCUUUACAUUGCUCUGUCUAGCAUGCUUACGAAGCUGGAGGAUGAGCAGUGAUCGAUGUUGGCAUCA